GUUGCUCUAUAAUCUGUGCAUUGUGCAAGGUGUUUGGUUGUAAACAUUGAACAUAUGUUCUUUCGGCCGUCGAUAUGUAUGGAGACAGUGAUUUAGCUAUGGAGAACACCAACAUCAGCAGUUACAAGCGAGGUAGAAAAGCUAAACGUAAACAGACGAGAUAUGCGAGUAUGCUUCUACGAGACACAGGAAUAAAGUGCGUUGAUGUACCAACAACGAAUUUGUUCAUUGGUAACGCAGGGCUAGUCAGCGGAAUGAAAAGAGAGAGUUUGCUGGAGGUGUUUUCAUCAUAUGGACUUGUAGAAGAAAUUGUUAUGCUAGAAGGGAAAUCGUACAGCUUCAUUGUGUACCAGGAACCUUCGGCAGCAGCUCUUGCAUAUAACGCUGUCCAUGGCAAGCAGCUGAAACAACUUAAUAUGGGAUGUCUGUAUUUGGCAUACACAGAAAAACUGCCAGAUACCCAAAAACUAAACAUUAGCAAUACUCUUCCAUCUGGAAUAGAAGUACUUGAAGAUUUUGUGACACGGGAUGAAGAAAAUGUGAUUUUGAAUUGUAUUGACUGGUCUGAAAAUGAAACUGAUUCAGUUCAAUCUCUGAAACAUCGGAAAGUUACGCAUUACGGUUUUAAAUUCAGAUACGAUAUCAAUAAUGUGGACAAGGAUGAUCCAUUAUCAAGAGAAAUUCCCAAGGAAUGUGGCUUUAUAAUCUCUCGAUUGAAAGAGAGGGGUUAUAAGAAAGAUAUUUCUUUCCCAGAUCAGCUUACGGUGAACCAGUAUGCUCCUGGUCAAGGUAUUCCACCUCAUAUUGAUACGCACAGUGCCUUUGAAGAGCACAUUCUGUCCCUUUCAUUGGGUUCUGCUGUUGUGAUGGAGUUUGAACAUGUUGAUGGCCGCAGCACCAGUGUACUUUUACCUCAAAGGUCUUUACUCAUAAUGUCUGGUGAAGCAAGAUAUGCAUGGAAACAUGGUAUUACUCCAAGGAAGACAGAUAUAAUUCACUCUAAAGACGGGGGCCUCACAGUGAUGAAACGUGGGACUCGAACAUCUUUAACAUUUCGUAAAAUCCUAAAAGGAGACUGCAAAUGCUCUUUUCAUAACUUUUGUGACUCUUUUCAAAAGAUCAACAACUUGCAACAGCAAGGAAAUGAAGAAGUGGCGUCACAACUAGAAGAGUUACAUGUGCAUCAGGUCUAUGAAAAGAUAGCUAACCACUUCAGUGAAACACGCCAUAAGCCUUGGCCUAAUGUCGUUGCAUUCCUAACAUCUCUACCUCAUGGUGCCAUCCUUGUUGAUGUAGGAUGUGGUAAUGGAAAGUACCUUGCACAUAAUUCAGAUGUAUUCAAGGUUGGUUGUGACCUGAGCAUCAGCUUGACCAGAGUAUGUCAAGAAAAGGGAUUUGAAGUCUUCAAUUGCAACUGCCUUAGGAUUCCAUUGCGUUCAGACAUUGCUGAUGGAUGCAUUAGCAUUGCUGUGAUUCAUCACCUUUCCACACAGGAACGCAGAUUAAAAGCUUUGGAAGAAAUGGCAAGAAUACUAAAACCAGGUGGGCGAGCAUUGGUGUAUGUCUGGGCAAAAAAUCAAGAAUGUGGAAGAGUAAAAUCAAAUUAUCUGAAAUUUACUAGUAAAAAGAAAAAUAAAUGUAAGAGCAGUGAAUCAAGUAUCAUAGUGAGUGGUGCCAUUGAUACAGAACCUGAGUUAGUAGGUGUUGGAGAUCAUCAUAAAAGUCCUGAUUUUGACCCUUGUGAUUGCAAAGGUCAUCCCAAAAGUGAAUCAAGUUGUUGUAAUCUUGUAGCUGAUAGAGAUUUUAACAAACUUUCACAAGAUAGCUGCACCUCUGAGCUUUCUGUUAAUAACACUGAAAAUGGCUCAAGCAAAAUUCUGAACUUGUCAGAAAUUUCAAAAACUACAGAAACAUGUCAGUUGCCAGAAUUACCAGUUCACGUGAAUCGAACUCAGUUCAAACACUCAGAUGUUUUUGUGCCGUGGAAGCUAAAGCAAUCUCAGAGUAGUCAAGCACAAACUGUACCAGUGUUGUAUAGGUACUAUCAUGUAUUUGAGGAAGGAGAACUAGAAAAAAUGUGUGCAUGCGUGGAGGGCAUUCGUGUUAUCCGUAACUAUUAUGAUCAAGGAAACUGGUGCAUAAUAUUUGAAAAGAUCUGACUCUCUAUAGCAGAUCACACUGUUGUAAUUUUACAACUGAAGGGUUCAUUGUUAGAACAUAAGGAAACUGUUGGAUCCACUUUCAUAUGAAGGCUCUGAUGUUUUUCAUGAAGUUAUAUUGAUAUAUGAAUGCAAAAAUUGGUUAAGUAUAAAACAAAUUUUGAUAUCAUUUUCCAGUGCCUGUGGUUGGCUGUGUGCCAUUGUGAAGUAACAUCUCUUGCUGUCUCAUGCCAUUUUUUUCCAGUUGGAGCAGUCACUCAUCACCUGCAGAUUACUUGACAAGUUGAAAACUAGGUAUUGAAAAAUAAAAAUUGGAGCCAAACAGA